GCCGCUCGUAGUCGAAACAAAGCAGAAAGCUAAGCACAGAGCUCAACCCAGAAGCCGCCCCAUACCCUAAAACACCAUGCCCAAGUCUAAGCGCGAUAGACCAGUUACAUUGUCCAAGACAAAAAGGAAGGGAAGGGAGCAUAAGGAAGCUGUAGUGAACACGAUUAAACAGGCAGCUGAAGUUUACAACUCGGUGUAUGUGUUCUCUUUCGAGAACAUGCGCAAUCUCAAGUUCAAGGAGUUCAGAGACCAGCUCAAAUCAACCAGCAGAUUUUUUCUUGGUUCCAACAAAGUCAUGCAAAUUGCUCUUGGCCGGUCUGAAUCUGAUGAGAUCAAAACCGGCCUUCACAAAGUUUCUGAGGUGCUCCAUGGAAAUGCAGGACUUUGCUUUACCAAUCUGCCAAAGGAAGAGGUUGAAAGGCUGUUUAAUGAAUAUGAGGAAUAUGACUUCGCAAGAACAGGAAGCAUUGCAACAGAGAAGGUCGAGCUUCAGGAAGGUCCUUUGGAGCAAUUCAGUCAUGAGAUGGAGCCAUUUCUACGAAAACAAGGGAUGCCUGUUCGUUUGAACAAAGGUGUUGUGGAGCUUGUUGCAGACUUCGUUGUUUGUGAGGAAGGAAAGCCUUUGUCACCUGAGUCGGCUCGUAUUCUGCGUUUGUUGGGAUCCAAGACAGCUACCUUCCGACUCCACUUAAUUUGCAGAUGGAGCCCUGGUGAAUUUGAACUCUAUGUUCCCGGACCAAGUGACUCGGGUGUAGAAUCCUCAUAGAUCAUAUCCGAGUGGUAUGUAAUUUACAGGAAGGCAAAUGGGAGCAGUUGUGAGGAAUGAUGUGUUUGCUCGACUAUGAUAUGUAAUGGUGCUUCCUUUGGCCAUUUUUGACCUGGGUUUAUUAUUUUGGUCGGACUUUAUAACUUAUUGCUCUGGCUUUUCAGUGCAUAUGAGUUGGCCUAUGUAUUAUCGGGAUCUUGUAAUAGUUUUAGUUGCUAGUUAUUACAAGAAAUAUCGGAUUUGUGUGCUUCUAAAUUACUAUACUAAUCUGAUGGGUA